UCCAGACAGAGCAGGGUUUUAAAAGCCAACCAUCAGUCAUCUCUCUAAAAUCAAAACAUAGCAAGGUCUCAUCUGAUAUACAGAACCUUAGUCCUUAAUCUACUCAGAACUUUGAAGAAUUUCACAUUCUCAUAAAAAGAACAUUGUGCUCAAAAAUGAAGGCUAUUGUUUUGAUGCUUCUCAUCGCCACAGCGUACUGCAUACCUGUGAAGCGUUCAGCUAGCAGUUCUGAGAGCUCAGAAGAACGUGUGGUUGCUCAAAAGCCUGGCCCCAUGCAACGAAAGGCAGCUGCUAAACUGGCCCAGGCAGAACCUACACAGACCACACCAGUAGAAUCCAGUGAAAGCACGGACAGUGCAGAUGACACUGAGGAAGCAGAUGAUGAAUCUGAAGCAGAUGAGAAGGAAGAGGAUAAUACGACUAAUUCUAGUGAGAGUGACUCUGAGGAAACUUCUGCCACAAGUGGCCCACCUACUGAGGAGCCCACCCUAGCCCCAACCAUCGAGACAGGUCGGGGUGACAACUUGGUCUAUUCUGGUGACUACAAAAAAACCAUUGUCUAUGUGGAUUCAAAGGAAAAACUACCUAAAUCUUACAACAGUGAAAAGAUGGGCGAUUUGACAAUGGUCAGCAAAAAGAUGUCUUCCUACAAUGGUCAAUACGUCAAUGAUGUGGAGAAAGACAAUAAUCUUUACAAGGCUCUAGAGUUGAAAAAUGUUCUCUUGGAAAACGAAUACACCAGCACCCCAGAGAUGGAGGCGGCUCCAGGCGACCAUGAGCUUGACCCUGUGGCAAAUCAGGACAUCGAGGGGGCCAAUCUUGGAGACUCCUCCAGUGUCAGUGCUAGUGCUAGUGAGGAGACUGAAGACAGCAUCUCAAGCAGCCAGGAAACCACGGCCACCCCUGGAGCUGCUGACAGUGACUCCUCACAGAGCACAGAAAGUCAGGAGAGUGAAGAGGUUGUCACUCAGGCCUUGACUACUGAGGCCUUGGUUGUCAUAGCAAAGUAAACUUAUCAAAACCCUCAAUGGGCUGUCGACAGUAAAGAAUGAUAGUGUAAGUAUAUGAUACGGUGUUUGACAACUCACUCAAUCUCAUAUUAGUUUGAGAUAUAUCGAAUAGUCUGCAAAGCAGAGCUGUAUGGUUCCCAAGCAUUCUUAAGAUGUGCUGCAAAACUUUUGGAGGAGCAGUUUCAUCUCAAAAACGUCUUCCUGUUAUAACUGCACAAUUAUUUACAAUGUUAAUGUAUAUGUAUUGUCUUGCUUUAUGUUAUGAUUAUAUCAUUUAUUAAUAAAUUUUGUCCUGUAUCAAUAA